GUGGGCUCCAAGUAUGCUAUCUUACAACCACGUGAUCACAUGCUGUCGGGGCUAAACUUAGUUCCUUGGGCUUCAGAUUUCACAGUACCGUCAGAGGCACACUAACUCAGUCCUUCACUGGAUUUAACUCAGAGCCUUUUGCUUUGUGGACGUUGGAAGGUAACUUAAUUAUAACCUUUAAGUGAUUUUACUGAGACUUUUCCCUACCGUUCUGGAGUCAAGUGUUCAUGUCGUUGAAUGGUAACAUGCUUAUCUAUUUUAAAAAGCAUCCUUCUGUUUGGUCAACGUCAAAGAGGGUUUGAGACAGGAACCUCUUCUCCACAGGAGUGACUCUGAGAUGAACCAUCAGGGCUGUGACCGCACCUCCCAACCAGGAUGCUGAGAACACAUCAGUCCAGAUGUCGGGAUUUGCCGUGCGUCGCGGAUCUGUCGGCUCAAUCAAGGCUCUGUGGGAGGGGAGGAUCCUAAAGAAUCAAGAGGAGAUUCAGAGACCAAAGCCUAAGGACCAAGACGGCCUAAAUAGACUGAGUGACGUUUGGGAGAAUCGCAUCGUUUUGGCCAAACUGAAAGAGAAGUUGGUCAACGAGGACGGACGUCUCAUCUUCAGGCUGGAGAAAGAAGAAUGGAAGACUUUACCUCAAGCAUUAGUACAUCUCACUCAAGUUCAGGAAUGGCAGAUCCACAGAACAGGACUGCAGAGCAUUCCUAAUUUCAUCUGCAGAUUUGAACAUGUGGUUGUGCUUGACCUGUCCCGCAAUGCCAUCAACGUGAUUCCAAGAGAGAUUGGCUUGUUCUAUCAACAUCCAGGUGAGAUGAGGCGCUUACGCGAGUUGCUGCUAAGUUACAACCAACUAAAAGACAUUCCUGAGGAACUUGGUCGUUGUGAAAAUCUGGAGAGACUGGAGUUGGCGAUGAAUGGAAACCUCAGUGAUUUGCCCUCCGAGCUCAGCCAACUAAAGAAGCUCUGCUACCUGGACCUGUCCAUGAACCGCUUCCUGAGCCUCCCCGAGUGCGUGGUGGGCCUGGCCGGGCUGCAGUGGCUGGACAUGGGAGGGAACCACCUGCAGGGUUUACCUGCAGAUAUCCACAGAAUGGGGAACCUUCACACCCUGUGGCUGCAGAGGAAUGAACUGAAAGAGCUCCCUGAGAAUCUGAGUCUCCUGCAGAGUCUGGAGACGCUGGUCCUCAGCAACAACAGACUGAGAGACAUCCCUGCCCAGAUGGAAGGAAUGGCAAACCUGAGAUUUGUGAACUUUCGGGACAAUCCCCUCACAUUGGAUGUGGUGCUCUUUAACAAGACCCAGCAAGAGGAGGGAGAAGACGAAGACAGAGAGAUGUUUGGGCUUGAUUUCAUGCACAUGUACAUCCAGGAAGCCCGCAGGAGAGACAUGAUGUCAACGUGACUCUAAAGCCAGUAUCCCAAUGUUACCUUCACUUAAGACGUAUUCGUGCUCCGGUUUACGUCAGUAGUUUACGGAUAGCUUUGAUGUUCUAAUAAUAUUAAAAAGUAAAAUGAAUAUGAAUAAUAAAAUAAGUUCUCUAUUAAAAUGUUAUAUUAUUAUGGUAUCAAACUGAAAGCUAAAAGGAAUACCAUAGCAAGAAGAUUAUCAACCUUCUCCUUUGCUGAAUUGCUUUUGUCAAAAAGUUACAAAGAAAUCGUUUAUACCAGACUCCAAAUCAACGAAAAAUGUUUAUAAAACGGUUUGUUAAAAAAAAAAAAAGCUCAUC